CAAAAUUGUCAAAUGAAUCCAAAAAAAAGUUUUUUGUAGAGCGUGUUUCUUGUAGAACAAGGCGAUUGCAGAAGCGAAACAAAGUUAAAGGCAGAAGCAGUAGAACUUCACUUCACCACCUUGAUUUAUAGCAAAUCGAUCUUCUUACAUUCUUCAACAUCAUUUCAAUGGAGGAAGGAAUGAAGGCUAUUCCUCACCAAAUCGGUGGGAAUAACAACGAUGCUCUUCGCUUUGGUUUCCAUGGCGUCAAAUCCGACAUUCUCGAACCUCAUCCUCUUCAAUCUGCUUAUAAUUCUGCCAUUAAAACUCAGGAACAGAUGAACAGGAAGAUUCUUGCUAAUACUUAUGGCUCUGCUUUUCCUCUCAAGAUGGACCUCGAUCGCCAAAUUCUCUCUAGGUUUCAGAGGCCUCCUGGACCAAUACCAUCCUCAAUGCUAGGUUUGGAAGCGCAUUCAGGAAUUUUAGACGACAUUGGCUUUGAAGAUUACUUGAAUGAUCCUCGUGAAUCAGAAACUGUCCGAGUUCCAGAUAUGCACCAUGGCAUGGAAGUUCGUCUAGGCCUAUCCAAAGGACCAGUCUGCCCAUCUUUUAACUGAUUGGUUGUCAUUGUUAGAGAAUUUUCUUUAUAAGUACUUAGAAACUGAAUGUAUGAACCAUGUCUAUGACUAUUGGUGUUAUGUGUAGACACUUGAGUCUGUUGGGAUCCUCUGUUUGUACUUGAAUUCAUCCUAUCACUCCACCUUAUUCAUGAUUGUCUGCCAUUAAGUUGCUCUUGGUUCUUA